UACUGAAUAAAAGGUUGGGAUACCUGCAAGAGGAGAAAGCGUCGCUGAGAAAUUCACAGAUGUGGUUUGUUUUUCCAAAACAACGCAUUUUAGCCUGCAAAUGCCAAUUUACCUCAUUAAGCUGUAUUGCCUUUAGUAUUUAGCGUAUUUUGAGGGUAGAAUCACCAUUUUAUCAGCACCAAUUUUAUUGAUAAGCAACCCAACACCCUGCCUCUGCUCUUUCUAGCGUAACCUUAAUUAAUUUCACCGAAUAAAAAAAAAUCACAAUUGUUUGUCAUUAAACGAUUACACGAGCCAGCGCUGCUCGACGCAUCGCGACUCUGAAGCGGUUAAUCUCCUUCCGCGCACGUGACAGGAAGUGUAUCGAUGAGCUCUUCGGCGCGGUGUCGUAGCGACAGCCUCGCGAGCUGGGAGGGAAAGGAACCCCCACCCCCCCCCCUCCGCGGCCUAGCCCAUGAAUUAGUUAACGGGAGCCAGGCGUCCGCGGCUCGCCUGAUUGGAAGUCGGGGGGAGAGGACGCCCGCUGUCGCCUAGCGGAGAUCGAUGUGGCAGUCAGGAGGGAUGAGGCGAGAUAAUUAGCGUUCAGAGUGUAUCUUGUUAAUUAAGGGCUAAUUAGAGGCGGAGGGAGACGGGUUCCAUGUUUGACGGCGGGUGAUGUGCACCGGCAUGGCGGCGGCGGCGGCGGCAGCUUUGAGCUCCGCACUCCAACAGCAGCUCGUCCCUCCAGACGGGCGCGUCGUUGUUCGGCGGCAGCAAGGACGGCGGCAUGCACCAACGCUCCUUCUCCGUGUCCAGCGCCGACCAGUGGAACGAAGCCAUCAACACCAGCACGAGCAGCGCAGCCCCCAACGGGACGAGUGAUCCUUCGAGCCCCUUUGCGGGCACCGCCACGAGUCCUAAACUGGAGCCGCCCCCCUCGCCGCACGCCAACCGCAAGAAGCACAGGCGGAAAAAGAGCACCGGCAUCACAAAGCCGGACGGCUUCUCUGCAGGCAACGAAGAGCAAGAGGACUCUUUCGAGUUCGUCAUCGUGUCGCUGACGAGUCAGACGUGGAACUUCGAGGCGUCCACGUUCGAGGAGAGGGAGCUGUGGGUCGGAGCCAUCGAGAGCCAGAUCUUCGCCAGCCUGCAGUCCUGUGAGAGCAUCAAGAACAAGUCUCGCUUAGGCAGCCAGAGCGACGCCAUGGCCAUCCAGUCGGUGCGGAACGUGAGGGGGAACAGCUUCUGCGUGGACUGCGAUGCCCCCAACCCGGACUGGGCCAGUCUGAACCUGGGCGCCUUGAUGUGCAUCGAGUGCUCCGGCAUCCACAGGAACCUGGGCACCCACCUGUCCCGCGUCCGCUCCCUGGACCUGGACGACUGGCCGGUGGAGCUCAGCAUGGUGAUGACGGCCAUCGGCAACUCCAUGGCCAACAGCGUGUGGGAGGGCGCGCUGGAGGGCUACACCAAGCCGGGCAGCGACAGCGCCAGGGAGGAGAAGGAGCGCUGGAUCCGAGCCAAGUACGAGCAGAAGCUGUUCCUGGUGGGCCUGCCCCAGUCGGACGUGCCCCUGGGGCAGCAGCUGCUGCGGGCGGUGGUGGAGGACGACCUGAGGUUGGUGGUGCUGCUGCUGGCCCACGGCACCAAGGAGGAGGUCAACGAGACCUACGGGGACGGGGACGGACGCACCGCCCUGCACCUCUCCUGCGCCAUGGCCAACGUGGUGAUCACGCAGCUGCUCAUCUGGUACGGCGUGGACGUGAAGAGCCGCGACGCCCGUGGCCAGACCCCGCUGUCCUGCGCCCGGCGCGCCGGCAGCCAGGAGUGCGCCGACAUCCUGCUGCAGCACGGCUGCCCCAGCGACGGCGCCACGCCCAACGUGAGCCGCCGCAACCCCAACGUCAACAACAACAACGCGCAGUGCGAGCUCAACCGCAGCAUCAGCAUCAUGUAGGCGGCCCCCGCCCUGCCCCCCCCUCCCUCCCCCCCCCUUCGCUUCACGUAACCCGGGGUCAACGCCGACGAGGGGAGAUCAGGAGCGACGGACAUAUUGUUUAUAUUUCACCAGGCCGAAGGAAGCGGGUGUUCAGACAUUGUACAUUGUUUGUUUUAUAUUGCUGUUGUUUUUUUAAGCCGUUGAGUUUGUUCAAUCUCGGUCUGAAAUGAUCACGAUCAGCUUUAAGCUUUUAGUUGUUUUUUUUGUUGUUGUUUUUUUUAAGCGCCAACCAAACAAAGGACUUACUUUUGCAUUCGUACCCACCCUACGAAAAGCAUUUCCUUAAUGCUUGAACAUUUGCCUUUUUAUGUCCCCCCCCCCCCUUCCCGCGACGCGAACCGGUUCAUAAUGAGCUUGAAAUGAGAAACUUCCUUCGAAUUUCCCCGGCUAAGCAUAAUAACACCAAACUGUGAGGAAUAGUUGUGACGAAAAAAAGAAAAAAAAAACUGAUGUGGGGAAAGAGAAUCUUUCGUAAUGAUGCACGUCUUCAACACAGCCAUCAAACACAUGACACACUGUUCGUAUACAAAGGCAAAGCGAUGAUAAUUGAAGAGUCCAAAUGAUUUAGAUACUUAAUUCACAGGAAAAUGGGUUCAGAUCAUCAUAAAGGACUUGAUUGCGGAAUUCCUAUCGGGGUGGCGGGGGGGGGUGCAGUGAGUCGUUUCCUUCGCCGCGAUCCUCCCGCAGAAGUGUCUGUGACUACAAAGGAAUUAAGGAGCAUAAUGUUUUAUGACCAUCGAGCCAACGUCGCCUCGUGAGCGUCGCCUCUUCAAUCAAAACUCAUUCAAACUCAGCCGUUUGAUUGGAGCGGCGAGAUCGCGCCAUCGGCGGCGUCUGCGUGGAGGGUCGCUCUCUCCCGAUUGUGUUGGCGAUUGUUCGACGUAGAUACUGGGAUACCCAUCCUCCUCCUCCUCUUCCUCUUCCUCCUCCCGUGGCCAAAGGCUCUUUAGUCGCUGUGAAAUUCACAUGUGUGUGUGUGUGUGUGUGUGUGUGUGUGUGUGUGUGUGUGUGUGUGUGUGUGUGUGUGUGUGUGUGUGUGUGUGUGUGUGUGUGUGUGUGUGUGUGUGUGUGUGUGUGUGUGUGUGUGUGUGUGUGUGUUCGCGUGCAUUACUGUACGUCUUCGCCUGUGACCGCGCGCAGCAUUUUUCUGGCCUUGCACCUCGCAGAAAAGGAGACGAUACAUAACUUGAGAUUUAAUGUACAGCCGUCUGAUUUAAAAAAAAAAAAAAAAAGUAGUUGUUGCUCACUUACUCGCCUUACUCCUCACAAGAAGCCGCCUCUGACUCUCCCUUCCUUUAAAACUGUGUGUAAGCCUAAAAAGAUGGGGGUGGGGGGGGGGGGGUUUAACAAAAUGCAUUCAAGUGACUGAAGUGAGACGUUUAGGGGGUCAAAUGAGCAGGGAGAUCACAGUAUAGUGGAAGUUGCGGUUUUGUUUUAUUGAAUUGACAUUUGGUCUAAACUUGAUUUUUUUGGGGGGGGUUUACAAAAGCACGAUGUUUGUCUAAAGAGUUUUCCUACCUUAUGAUCAGGUUUAUCCGUCUUCUAUUGUCUUAUCCUGUUUUGAAGGGGAGGGGGGGGGGCAGGCAUUGUAAAUCAAUGAAAUGGCAAUAUUGUAAAAUAACCAAAUUGCCAUUUUUGGAAUUAUUCUUUCUUCGGUGUGCUUUUGUUUCUGAGCUGGUGGGAUUGAAUUAGCCCAGAAAACGGUUAGCCGGGUUUAGCUUAAAGUUGGACCACGUGACCCGCUCUAUAAACACACGUUGUCAUUUUUUUGACACUUUUGACACAGUUUUUUGAUCGGAUUAUACAAACAAGAAAAAGACGUGUUCAUUUCUAAGCUCCUCCUCCUCCGUUUUUGCGGGUGUCUUUGUGCUAAGCUAAUAGCUAUGCUAAUAGCUAAGCUAAUCGCCUCCCGGCUCUAGGAAGCAGAAAAGCACAUCUCCCUAAAAUGUCCGUUUUGUUGUUUUUUUUUUAGACAUAUUUAGGCCUUAUUUCUGAUUAACACUUGACACCUCAGCAAUAGUCAAAGGUGUUCAGUGAACCAUCUUCUAUGUGGACGAUGAAGAAAACACUACAAACCUGCCCCCCCCCCCCUCCGACUCAACAAGGAUGCGUGAAUAUUGGCUUAAUGCUUUUAUCUGAAGACAAACUCCUCCGAGAGAAACGAGCUAAAACGGUUUGACCCAUGAACCAUAUUUCCAUAUGUUGUUUUUUUUGUUCCUCCUUAGGCAUAUUUUUUAAGGUACUUCUAUUUGGUCUCGACAUGAACCGACCAUGUCGGGGUGCUUGUGUAUAAUGAUGUACAUUUGACAUAUUUAUAACGCAGUUUGUAAAUAUCUUUUUCCUUGUUGUUUUUGUUGUUGUUGUUGUUGUUCAAGUUAAUUUUCCUAUUGUAUUUCCUUUUACAUUGAGCAGGUGAAACGAAGCCAAAAGCUAAAGAGUGAACUUGUUGUGCGCUUGGAUGCUGAUUGUUGACCUAUUAAUAAACACUCAAAUAAAAAGAUGUAGCCUUCCCUGCUUCGAGGGGGAAAUAAUCCACA